AUGUCAUUAGAAGAACGAUGUAUUCAAAGUAUUAGACUUCUUGCAUGUGAAAUGAUUAAUAAAGCUAAAAGUGGACAUCCAGGAGUACCAACAGGAUGUGCUAGUAUUGCAUAUACAUUAUUUACAAAACAUAUGAAAUUUGAUGUAAAAGAUCCAAAAUGGAUUUCAAGAGAUAGAUUUGUUCUUUCUAAUGGACAUGGAUCAACAUUAUUAUAUGUUAUUAAUCAUUUAUUAGGAUAUAAUAUUUCUAUGGAAGAUUUAAAAGAAUUUAGACAAUUAGAUUCUAAAACACCUGGACAUCCAGAAUAUGGAUGGACUGAAGGAGUUGAAGUUACUGGUGGACCUCUUGGAGCAGGAAUGUCAACUGGUGUUGGAUUAGCAAUAGCAGAAAAACAUAUGGGAGCUAUAUUUAAUACUAAAGAUAAGAAAAUUAUUGAUAAUUAUACAUAUGUAUUACUUGGAGAUGGAUGUUUAAUGGAAGGAGUUACUGCAGAAGCAGCAUCACUUGCAGGACAUAUGAAAUUAAAUAAAUUAAUUUGUUUAUAUGAUGAUAAUCAUAUUACUAUUGAUGGAAAUACUAAUCUUACAUUUACAGAAGAUGUUAAAAAAAGAUUUGAAGCAUAUAAUUGGAAUGUAUUAAAAUGUAAUGGAGAUGAAGUAAAAGAAAUUGAUGCAGCACUUGUUUUAGCAAAAGCAUCAGAUAAACCAACUCUUAUUUGUUGUAAAACUACUAUUGGACUUGGUAUGCCAAAUAAACAAGGUACUUGUAAAGCACAUGGAGAACCACCAGGAACAGAAUUAGAAUUAAUGAAAAAAGCAUAUGGAGUUACAGAAGAAUUUCAUAUUGAAGAAGAUAUUUAUUCAGUUUAUCAUGCAGCAUCAGAAAGAGGAAAUUUAAAACAUAAAGAAUGGAAAAAAAUGUAUGAAGAAUAUAAAAAAGAAGAACCAGAACUUUCAAAAGAAUUUGAACGAAGACUUAAAAGAGAUAUUUCAAGUAUUUCAGAAUUAUUUAAAGAAGAAAUUAAAGAAGAUGAAAAAGGUGAAGCUACAAGAAUUAGUUCAGGAAAAGCAUUUAAUGAAAUUGCUAAAAAAUUACCAGAAAUAAUUGGAGGAACUGCUGAUGUUGGAGGAAGUGUUAAAGUUGUACUUCCAGGAGUACCAUUCCAUGAAGAUCCUAAAGGAAGAAAUAUUCAUUAUGGAAUUAGAGAACAUGCUAUGGGAAAUAUUGUUAAUGGAAUGAAUAUAUAUGGAGGAUUAAUUGCAUAUGGAUCUACAUUCUUUGUAUUUAGUGAUUAUUGUAGACCAACUAUUAGAUUAGCAGCACUUUCACAUUAUCCAUCAAUAUUUGUUUUUACUCAUGAUUCUAUUGGAGUAGGAGAAGAUGGACCAACACAUCAACCAAUUGAACAUCUUCUAUCAUAUAGAUCAAUGCCUAAUUGUGUUGUUAUUCGACCAUCAGAUGCAAAUGAAACACGUGUAGCAUGGAAAAUAGCUAUUGAAAGAAAUAAUGGACCUACUCUUUUGAUUUUGGCAAGACAAAAUAGUAAAAUUAUUGAUAGAACAAUUUUUGCAUCAUCAGAAAAUUUAAGAAAAGGAGGUUAUGUUUUGAGAGAUUAUGGAACACCACAAGUAAUUCUUAUGGCUUCAGGAACUGAAGUAGAUAUUGCUAUUACUGCAGCAGAGAAACUUCAUAAAGAAGGACUUGGUGUUAGAGUUGUUUCCCUUCCAUCAUGGGAAUUAUUUAAUCAACAACCUGUUGAAUAUAGAGAAUCAGUUCUUCCAAGAAAGAUUCAUGCUAGAGUAUCAGUUGAAGCUUCAUCAACUAUGGGUUGGGAGAAAUUUAUUGGAGAUUGUGGUGUUGCUGUUGGAAUGCAUUCAUUUGGAGCAUCAGCUCCAAUCAACAAAUUAUAUGAGAAAUUUGGUAUUACUUCAGACAACGUUGUUGAAGCUGCACACAAAUCAAUCGAAAAUGUUAAGAAUUGGUAA